AUGGACACUGACCCAGAACUCGCCCCACUUUUCAACUCGCUACCUGACCCAUCUUCUUCAACCCACCUGCAGCAGCUCACCACUGAUCACGCAGCAUCAUCGAGUGGCAACAAUGGCUAUGAUCAACGCUACGAAUUUGGUUGUUUUCCGCCAGGAAUCAGGUUCUGCCCAAACGAUAGAGAGCUUAUUAGGGAUUACUUGAGGAAUAAGGCGUUGAAUCUGCCCAUGCACAGAAGCUAUAUCAUCGAUGUUAACGUCUAUGAUUACAACCCUUUUGAUCUUGCAGAGAUUUGUAAAGACUGUGGGGAGAAAGAAUGGUAUUUUUUUACGCCAAGAGAUAAGAAAUAUCCGAAAGGAAAUCGACCAAGUCGAAAAGCUGGCAAUGGAUACUGGAAGGCAACUGGAGCUGAUAAAGAUAUUACAGACAAUGAGUCAGGCCGGAAAACUAACUGGAUCAUGCAUGAAUAUCGACUCAGUAAUCCUCCUGCUCCCGCUAACCAAUCGCACGACAACAUGAGGUUGGAUGAUUGGGUUUUGUGUAGAAUUUAUCAGAAGAUUAGGAAAAACAUGAGAGCCCGCAGCGAGGAGAUAGAGCAGGAAGAGAAUGAGACUGGAAAUCCAAGAGAGAGACAGCAAGAAGCUGAUCGUUAUCGUCAACUCAAUGAAGGUCAAUUCUUGAAUCCUGCCCCACGGAGUGAUCAUCAACUCAUUGAAAGUCAAGCCUUGAAUCCUGCCCCACAGGGUGAUCAUCAACUCAAUGAAGGUCGAUUCUUAAAUCCCGCCCCACAGGGUGAUCAUCAACUCAUUGAAAGUCAAGCCCUGAAUCCUGCCCCACAGGGUGAUCAUCAACUCAUUGAAGGUCAAUUCUUGAAUUCUGCCCCCCUGGGUGAUCAUCAGUUCAAUGAAGAUCAAUUCUUGAAUCCUGCCUCACAGGGUGAUCAUCAACUCAAUGAAGAUCAAUUCUUGAAUUCAGCCGCACUGGGUGAUCAUCAACUCAAUGAAGGUCAAUUCUUGAAUCCUGCCUCACAGGAUGAUCAUCAACUCAAUGAAGAUCAAUUCUUGAAUUCUGCCGCACUGGGUGAUCAUCAACUCCACGAAGGUCAAUUCUUGAAUCCUGCCUCACAGGGUGAUCAUCAACUCAAUGAAGAUCAAUUCCUGAAUCCUGCCACACUGGGUGAUCGUCAACUCAUUGAAGGUCAAUUCUCGAAUCCUGCCCCGCUGGAUGACCAGUUGACGACCUUGAAUAGUCAUGACCAAGUUCUUGCUCCUCCUCCUCCGUAUCAUAAUUAUCAAGUAAUGAACAAUAAUUUUAAUGGUGAUCAGCAUCUACUGCAGCAACCUCAGGUGUUGCCUUCCGCUUCUGGUCCACUUGUAGAAAUGUUUGAUCCAGCGUCGCCACUUCCAAUCUCCAUGAUGCCACCAGCUCAAGUCCCUGCACCACCAAUGGAGGAGGUUCCAUAUGUGCCUGCACAAGAGAUGGAGAAUGAAGACAAUAUUUUUACUAGUCAAUUUUAUUUAGAAAACUCUAAUCUAUUUUCCUGUCUGGACUUAGAGAACCAUGAUCUGAUCUUCGGUGGUGGCAGCUCCGGUAAUUAA